CUUCGCCUCGUUUCAAUGUCUCUCCUGAGAGAGUAUCCAUGAUGAAGUAGACUGCGUCAAGUCUUCCAUUUUUUCUUUUCCUAAUUCUCACUUCACCAUUUCUGGUUACAAUCUCAACCCCAAUCUCUAUUUCCUCAGUUUUUCUUCUUCCUUCUCUUUCAGAUUCCAUUCCAAAGGGCUUCUUUAUUGAUUUUAAUUUUUAGUUUUCCAUCCGUUUUUCCACUACCACGCCACCCUCUGAUUUCAAUCUGAAAAGGGUUUCCUCUGAUUCCUCUUCCUGUAUUCACGUUCCUCCCUAUUUUUCCAUCGAAGGUGUGUGUUUGAGAGUGUUGCAGCUCGAUCACAAUGAGAACACACGCUUUGCUGUUACUUUUAUUGUUGCCUAUGGUUAUAUCUGAUGUUUCUGACGCCUCCUUUGUUCUGAAACUCCGAAGGUUGAUUGCUGCUGAUCCUAACGAUGCCAAAACAAAGGAUCCAAACCCUGUUGGUGGAACCAACACGGUCAAUAGGGAUAGUCCUGUUUCCCCUGUUCCACAACCACAACCACAACCUUUACCCACAGUGGGUAAUGCAAAUGAUGGACAAAAGAAUGCAGUUCCUCCUCCGAAUGUACCUCCUCCACCGAAAAAGGAUGGUGAUGGCGGUCAUAAGGAUCAGAAACAAGGGAAGGUGGAAAAUAAGGGCAAACUUUCACAUUCUACCACCACUGAGACUUGUGAGGAUUUGAACAAGUGCACAGAUGGUGGCGACUUGCUUGCUUGCGUUUUAAAAACUGAUCCCAAAUACUCGGUUGUUCUUCUUCAAAACAAAGGAGAUGGCAUCAUCCACGUGAAGCUUCGUAAUGAUUUUGAAAAUAUUCUUGGAGAUAUAGAAGUUGACAAAAGUAAAACGGAAAAGAUCAACAUCACACGAAGUAGCAGUGAAAGUACCCAAUUGACUUUGUAUGCUGGAAAAGAGGAUUGUGUGCUUCACCUGUUUCAUAAACCUGAAAAUAACUUUUUUCUGCGUCUUCCUUCUUAUGACAAAGUUUUAACUCCAGUAAAUGGUGCCUAUUUCCUCAUAUUGAUGGUCCUAAUGAUUGGAGCAACAUGGGUUUGCUGCGCUUUUAGGAAGAAACGUCAGAAUGAGAUUCCAUAUCAAGAGCUUGAAAUGGCCCUGCCUGAGUCUGCUGCAGCUGCCCAUAUGGAAUCUGCUGAAGGUUGGGAUCAGGAUUGGGAUGAUGAUUGGGACGACAACGUGGCAGUGAAGUCACCGGCAGCACUUGCAGCAAGCAUUUCGGCAAACGGCCUUACUUCUAGAUCAUCAAACAAAGAUGGAUGGGAGAAUAACUGGGAUGAUUAGUUAUCAGCAGGCAAAAGAUAAGGGAAUUGGUAUAAUGUUUAACCUCAAAGUAGAAAAGGAAGAAAUGGAAGCAGAAAGCAGGGUGAAGCACAAGAGUCGGGGAUGUGACCAAUGUGGCUUUGCUGGGGCUUAAUUUUGAUGCAUGUCCAUGGAAGGGACACAUAAAGGAAAGAGGAAGUGUAAUAGUCAUAACACAUUGAAUUUUUGUAUUGAACAUGUAAUAGUGAGAGCCUUAGCCAAAACGAGAGACUAAAGAAACUGUAAAUGAAAAUAUAGGAGGUAAAGUAUAUUUUGGUUUUGUCAGAUUUAUUAGACAUACUAUUCUUGUGAUCUCAAAAAUAAAAACUUUUGUAGGCUUCUUUGAGGCUAGUUUUUCUUCAAAA